AGUUGCAAGAUAAUGUUUGUUAUUCUUGCCUGAGAAUAUCAUACUUCAAACUUUUAUCUAUCGCAAUUCACAUCGUUCAUCACAUCGGGAAAUAAUUUUCUUCCGAUAACUUCCACAAAAAUGGACUAUAUAGAUAAUGGCACCAUGGACAACUACACCACAUCUCCGUUUGGUAGUCCGCCCAUAAACAAGGCUUUGUACAUUGGAUUUUUAUUCGCUGUCCUUAUCAUUGGCAUGAUCGCUAACACCAGUUUAAUAUGGCUGGUAGCGACUGUCCGGGACCUGCGAACACCCCCGAGUGUACUCCUGACGAAUCAAUCGAUAGGGGACCUUUGUUUCUUAGCAUUCUCAAUGAUCCCUCAGCUGGUGGUUGCAGUUGUUCCCGGGUAUAAACAGAAGCCAUGGUUGUGCCAUCUUAAUCAUUUCACAUACUUUACUUCAUUUGCCGUAUCGGCCCUCAGCCUCAUGGCCAUUAGCAUCGAACGGUACUGUGCCAUCGUCAUUCCGCUGAAGUUCAGGAUGGUCCGUAGCUUACGAACGACAUCCGCAGUGUGCGGGUUCAUCUGGCUUCUUGCAAGUACCUUCGGCGCCUACGCAGUCUCGGCAACGGAAUCUGCGUCUGAGAGAUGCACCUAUCCAUACGAGCAGCUCUCCUUUCGGAUUUACUUUAUGUUUCAGUUGAUUUUCCUGUACGUCGUACCCGUCCUCUGCAUGACGGUGUUCUACGGAAUCUGCGCGAGACACCUCUUGCGGAAGGAGAUUCGCACAUCCGGUACCGACAACGCAAGAGUCCGGGUAGCCAUCAAUCUCAUGGUCAUCACCUUGGUUUUCUCCCUGUGCUGGUUGCCUCAUUACAUCUACUAUUCAUGGUUCCUAUUCUUCUUCGAUUUCUACGUUUUUGGCACGAGGUCUAUGUACCUCUUUCGCGCCAGCAGAUCAGGGUUGUACUAUUUCGCCUCCUGCAUCAACCCCAUCAUCCUCUACGCCAUGAGCUCGUCGUUCCGGCAUCACUUUGUCCGCAAGAUGACGUGCUUUGUGGUGCACCGUGAAGGCCAAGAGAGCAGUCAAAGCGGGCGUACCUAUACAGCUCUCACCCAACAACACGUCAGCAACACCCUAAACAGCCACGGGAAUAUGGUCCUUGGCCAUAAGGAAACCCGUGAAUCCUGUGAAGUGCAAAUGGAUAAAUUGGACAGGUAUAGCCAAAAAGAAGAAGAGCAGGUUCUUCGUUGUCCUAGGUGCAUCCUUGAAGACGGUGUCUGAUUGUGCCAUGACAUCAGUCUUGGAUGUACUGCAGUUAAUCAAUUUAGAAGGAAGGAUUAUCUAAGUUAUGUGUGACGAGGCAUGUAUACCACACCCCUCUCACCACGGACCUACUACUCUGAGUAAUAGGUCCAUGCUCUUAACAACUGCUGCCAUUCAUGAUCAUGAUAUCAUUUAAUAUCUGAUCUACAG